AUGGCCACUGAAUUGGCUUUAAUUGAUUUAGACGAAGAAAUGGUUGAAGCGGAGGUAAAGGACUUGCAGGGGGCUGCGGAAUACUACCCAGGAUGUUUAAUAUAUGGGGGUGCAAGUAAGGCGACUCUAAAAAUUACCCUAGACUACAAAUUGGUUUCAAAUUCGACUAUCAUAAUUAUGUGUGAGAAGAUUCCACCAAUGGAUAGCGAAGACAAAUUAAAUCAUGCUCAACGCAGCUUAGACACAUUUAAAAGAAUAAUACCGCAUAUUGUCGAGAGCAGUGCGAAGAGUAUAGUGAUUGUAGUAUCUGAACCAGUUGACAUAAUGUGUUACAUCGCAUGGCGCUUGAGCGGAUUCGAGAAAAAUCGUGUUUUUGGAAUCGGGACAGCUUUAGAGUCCGCUGCCUUUCGAGUUGGAAUUAGUCAAAAACUGAACGUGAGUCCCAGCACAAUCAGAGCCCACAUACUUGGUGAACACGGAUCGCAUUCAGUCCCAAUCUUUAGCUCGGUUGAAUGCGGCGGAGUUAGACUAAGAAGCGUAUACCCCACCUUUGGAACAGAAAAAGACACCGAGGGUUACAAUAAAAUCCCUGAGGCGAUUAACAUAAAGUUCGCACUCCCCAGUAAUGGACAUUGUAGUGGUAGUAACCAGUUUAUCAAGAGCAUGAAGAACAACAGCUCCUGGUCCAUUGGUCUGAUAGCGUGUUAUGCUUGCGAAGCCAUUUUGAACGACGCGAACGUCAUCAUACCGCUCUCAACACAUGCCAAGAAUUUGCCUGGAAUUGACAAAGAUAUCUUUAUGAGCUUGCCCUGUAUAGUGAAUGCUAAUGGAGUACGCGGGGUUAUGUUUGAAGACAUAGAAGAUGAAGAGAAAGAGAAACUUUAUGCGUCCGCCAAAGAACUCGAAGAGCUCAUUUUGAGCAUAAACUGGUGA